UCUGGUUGUGGUGCAUCGUGUGUGCUACAUCCCGCGUCCCACGUCCCCACGUGGCUACGCGCUAUCGUCAGCCGUACGUCCCGCUCCUACAAAGAUACUCAAUAUGCUCCUUCCCUUGCUUUUUUGGGAUGUUGCGACUGCGCGCUCCUUCCCGUUCCUUGGUGUUGCUUGUAGCGUGGGAAGGAAGCAUGCAGAUCGGCCGAACUCCACUUUCAGCUGCGGGGUUCCGUCGCGGUGAUACGUCACUAGGCCGCAAAAACAGCAUCACCGACGCAGAAAAAUCGUUCGUGGGUUGAGAGUGCAUCAAUCGUCUGGAUUCUCUUCUCCUCCCUUUUUUCACACAUACAUACGCAUACUCACCUCAUACGCGACAUCGUUUUCCAAGCGAGCCGAAAAGCUUGAUUGCCGAUCUUCACACCAUCACAACACAACACACACUAUAACAAGACGCGAAAGCAGAAAAGAGACAAGAGAAGCCAAAAUGGUCUACACAAUCGUCGUCCACCUCCUCGCUAAGGAAGACCAGGAGAGCAUCAGCAAGCUGAGUGCCAAGCUUGUGGAAGCGAGUCAGGUGUACAGCAAGGAUAAGGAGACGCUGAGCUGGUUCGUCAUGCAGGAUACCGUGGAUAAGAGGAAGUUUACUAUUGUUGAGCGGUAUUUGAAGGAAUCCUCCCAGCAAUACCACCUCAACAACCCCUACUGGAAGACUUUCGACCCUUACGUGAUUCCGCUUCUGGCUGCGCCUAUGGACUUGAGGCGUCUUGAGGAGUUGGAUACUACGGUUACCUCGGCGGGUUCGCAUUAUCAUGAGGAUGCUGUUAAGUCUGAGACGAGCGUGGGCAACAUGUUCCAGGGUACUGAUGCUUAAACUGAGAUAGGCGGCCGGCGUGCUACGCUAAGAGAAAUGUAAAACGACUAAGCUUACCAUCGGCGCCUAUUGUGAAUGUCUCUGACGUUUCUGCUGCUGCGACUUUCCUCCAUGGAAUGUGUGUCUAAGUACGAAG